AUGGUCCACUCUAAUACUGAUAUCCCCCUCGUGGCUAAGCUACAGUAUUUGCUCCAGUCGCUCGUUGGUGAAGCACGAAAACCAUUCGAAAGUGUUGACAUCGAAGCUGAUAGUUAUGCAAUUGUUUGGGACACACUUUUGAAACGAUAUGACAACCGUCGAUUCCUUAAGAAGCAACUCUUUCGCACUCUUCAUGAUCUUCCCGCAAUCAAGAAAGAAUCCACCCAAGAAUUACAUGAGCUCGUUGAUGAAUUUUUGCGUCACGUGAAAGCCCUUGCUAAACUUAAUGAGCCAACCGAACACUGGGACACUCCGCUUGUCAACAUGCUGUCUUACAAAUUAGACCCAGCAACGCUUCGUGCCUGGGAAGAAAGAAGUAGCCAAGACGAUGAUGUUUAUUUCGACGAUCUCGUUGAAUUUCUAUACCAGCGAGUCCGAAUAUUGAAAUCGGUUGCAUCUGACCUGUUACAACGUUCUCAGAUAGUGCAAGCAAAGGUGGCCGGCUCCAACCAAAUACCGAAGAAUAAUUUUCGUUCAAAAAUUGCAGUCAGCGCAGCAACUACAGAAAACAAGUCACCCACCCCGUCCUGUAUUGCCUGCUCCGAGAGUCAUUAUCUGUUCCAGUGUCAGGCCUUUGCCAAUAUGGCCAUCAAUCAGCGUCGAGAGUUGGUUUCCCAACGAAAGUUAUGUUGGAAUUGCUUUCGCACUGGUCAUCCAGCUAGAAGUUGUGGAUCCAAGUACACAUGUCGUAUAUGCCGUGACCGCCACCAUACAUUGCUUCACGAUUCCAAUUUGUCACCCAAAGGCUCGGUCACCUCAGCUCUCACGUCAUCCCAAGUAGAGAAUAAAAAUUCUUCCAUUUUGACAAACACUGCAAACCUAGAGCCUACUACCCAAGUAAGUUUACCCGUUCAAUUACGCUCCCAUAUGGUGUUGUUAGAAACAGUCGCCAUUAAUAUCGUCGACGAUCAAGGAAAGGUCUUCGAAGUAAGAGCAUUAUUGGACUCUGCCUCGAUGUCAAACUUUAUUUCGGAAAAGCUAGCAAAUCGUCUCUCUAGUCGUCAAUCCAAGGUAGAAAUCAAUGUUUCUGGAAUUGGUCAAUCCCAGAAGAGACUAAAUCGAACCGUAACCGCCACUGUAAGAUCCCGAAUUUCUUCAUUUGCAACAAAACUACAAUUUUUGAUCAUCGAAAAACCUACUACCAAUCUACCCACUGUGCCUGUACCGAUUUCUGCAUGGAAUCUUCCCAACGUCAUUCUUGCCGAUCCAAAAUUCUAUGUUCCCGGCAAAGUGGAUAUUAUCUUGGGUGGAGAAACAUACUGGGAAUUGCAUACGGGAAAGAAAAUAUCGCUAGGACCUGGCCAGCCACAGCUUAUUGAAACCUUAUUUGGAUGGACUGUUUCAGGUUCAGUAAAUAAAGAUACAUCAUCGAUAACAACUAAUUGUUUUCUAUCUACAACCGAUGAUCGUCUUGAGUCCACACUUCAAAAAUUUUGGGAGAUGGAAACCAUAAUCGAUCAACCUAUUCAUUCUUCCACUGAAAGGCGUUGUGAGGAGUGGUAUAGCGCCACAACAAUUCGUAAUUCAAUGGGUCGAUACAUAGUUCGUCUUCCCAAAACUGAUAAUCCCGAAAUCGUCUUAGGAGAAUCAAGGGCGAUUGCUGAGCGAAGAUUUUUAAGUCUUGAACGUCGAUUAGAAAGAGAUGCCAACCUGAAAACUGCAUAUCAUCUCUUCAUGGACGAAUAUGAGCGUCUUGGUCACAUGAAACGACUCAUUGAACCAGUUGACGAUAGCAUUGAUCACUAUUACGUACCGCAUCAUCCCGUCUUUAAGCUUUCUAGCACUACAACAAAGACGAGAGUAGUGUUCGAUGCGUCUUGCAAGACAACAUCGGGUUUUUCGUUAAACGAUCGUUUACUCGUCGGCCCAGUAGUACAGCACGAUCUGUUAACAUUAGUCUUGCGAUUCCGAACUCAUCCCAUAGCCAUUAUUGCCGACAUCGAAAAAAUGUACCGGCAGGUACAGAUCCAUCCCGAAGAUCAACCACUUCAAAGAAUCCUUUGGCGCACCAACGCUACCGAUCUAAUCACCACUUAUGAACUACAAACAGUCACCUACGGGACAGCAUGUGCACCGUACCUAGCAACUAAAACACUGCAACGGCUCUCACAAGAUGAAGCGAAUUAA